UCCUUCAUCUUGUCUAGCUCGUGCGUCACUCAGCUCGAGCUGGACAUAGGGCUGUGGACACGUUGUCCUUCGAUGAGAGGAUACAGGUCACAAUCUGGAUCAAUUACCCCUGCUUGUUGCUCAUUACCUGGAUCCUCUGCUGUCAGGCGCUAGACUCACCCCUUUCACAGCCUGCUAGGUUGUUCCAACAUCCAGCACUCCAUAGAUCAGCUGGAGCCUUCGACUUUCUUUCCAUCAAACAUCGUUCUCCAACCAUUUCUCAGGAAGAGAGCAUGGCUUCCGUCGACGUCACCGACGACACCAGGAGGGCGGAGUGCGAGCAUUUCGAGAGCGUGGUCAAGGCGUUCUUGUUCUACAGAGAGCAUGCUCUGAACGUUGUCAGCAAGGCGGAAGUCAGCUACGCGCGGUUGCCUCCAGCUCAUCAGGCAAUUCUGAGCCACUUACCCGCCAAGUUCAGCGCGCAGAAGCAGUGUAUAGAGGUGAACCAGCAUUUCCUGAACACAAUCAUCGCACAUGCUAGUGGAUUCACUGGCAACAGUCACCUGUUGCAGGGUGCAAGGACCGAGUUCAGCUACAUCUCGCCACAAGGCCUUGACAUGGACAAGAUUCGAUGCACAUUGCGGCAAUUCGUUCGGGAUUGGAGCUCGGAUGGACUGAGCGAACGGAACCAAAGUUACAAACCGAUCACAGAUGCGCUCCAGAACUAUUACUCCCAUUAUCCGAUCGAGCAACGAUACCAACUUCGAGUACUGCUCCCAGGAGCUGGGCUUGGCAGGUUGACGUACGACAUCGCCAAGUUGGGUUUCUCUGCCCAGGGUUGCGAGUUCUCAUACCAGAUGCUGCUUUCCUCCAACUUCAUCCUCAACUAUGCGCCGGGAGAAAAGAUGCUCGCUCUGCAUCCCUGGGUCCUCUCGUCCUCCAACGUGUGGGAUGCGGAGGCCCAUCAGCUGAAGCAGGUGCUCGUGCCUGACGAGCUCCCGGGGGGGCUGCCGCCCAACGUCGAUUUCAGCAUGGUGGCGGGAGACUUCUUGGAAGUGUACCGGAACCAGCGAGGGGAGUGGGACUGCGUUGCCACAUGCUUCUUCCUGGACACUGCCUCCAACGUCGUGCAGUACGUGGAGCACAUCCACACGCUCCUGGCUGACGGAGGGAUUUGGAUCAACCUGGGACCCCUCCUCUAUCACUACUCAGACUCCCAGGACGUGGACUCUACCGAGCUCUCCUACUCGGAGCUCAGAAGCAUCAUACAAUACUACGGAUUCGAGGUCAAGGAGGAGUCGGAGCGGACCUGCUACUACACACAGAACCCCAACUCAAUGAUGCACACCGUCUACAACUGCGCCUUCUUCGUCGCUAUAAAGAAGCCAUCAAGGGGCUUCGUUCCCAGCGCAUCGCAGAUAGCAUCGCCGCACCUUCGCCGCAGCAUCUGUGAAACGAGGGUAUCCUGCGCUUCAGGCUAUCAAAGGCCUGAUGUACAACUCUGA